CGCGGUGACAUAGCCCACUGGAAGCUCCAAUCAUACCUACAGGCUAUUUGUACUUGAAUAAUGAUUAUUCUGUUAAGCUGCGUGAUAGCAGCCAUCCACAUCUGAGCGCGGACCAUCACGAACCCCCUCAGUGCAGGGGUCUCAAAAGAUGUCUAACCAAGUUUAUGGGCCGUUGGGGCCGAAGUCGAUACGUCUUUUAUCAAUCGUACCGGGCUUCGCAUCCGAGACGAUAAACUGCAGUUUAACUGUUGUCGAUGAUAGGGAUCAAGCACCGGAGUACGAUGCCAUUUCCUAUGUGUGGGGCAGUAAUCUGUCCGACGAACCUAUAACAUGCAAUGGCCAGAGGAUGGUAGUCACCGAAAAUUUAAUCGAAGCGAUGAGAUAUCUCCGCCCGCUUCCAAGCUGGGAUUCAGUUAUUACCUGGCCUGAGAACCAUCCUCUCCAUUCGAGUCACAAUGUGUGGCGCGGGUUCGCUACGAACCGGCAAGAAGAACGGGAGCAUUCGGCUUCUCAGCAGCAGAGGCCAAUCUGGAUUGAUGCGCUAUGUAUCAACCAGUUGGAUAAAGCUGAGAAGGAGAACCAGGUUAAGCUGAUGGAUAGAAUAUAUGCCAACGCUACUACAGUAAAGAUAUGGUUGGGCGGAGCUCGAUCAUUCCAAAUGUAUGGGAGGAUGCCUGUGGUUCUUGCGUUCGUCGCGCAAGCGUUAAGGAAUGUCCGGGCUGGCGAGGAUUAUCCUACGGCGGCAAGAGCCGCUACAGAUGCGACCUACAGAAACAGUGUGCACGGGUUUCCAAUUGCGACAGCUGAGGAAUGGAAGGUUCUCUAUGACUUUUUUGACAAUCCAUGGUUUGAACGAAUCUGGGUCGUCCAAGAGGUUGUCCACGCCAAGCAAGCGAUAGCUAUCCUGGGUGACUGGCAUGUCGAAUUGGCGGCUUUAGGAGAAGCUGCUAGAUGGUUUCAAGCACAUGGCUUUGGUUUACCUUCUAACGUUAAAUAUACUGGAGAUACGAAAGACCUUUUACCGGUUGCUAAGCUUGCGGCAAUGUGGCAAAUGCAUUGCACGCCAGGGAAAAGAAGCCCUUUACUUCAAAUGCUGCGAGAUCUUCGAGGGCGAAAGUCGACGUUGAAGGUUGACAAGGUAUACGCGGCGUACAGUCUGGCGGAAGAGACCGCGGAAACAGAAAAGCUCAACCCAUUGAUCGAGCCAACAUACGACCAUGAACUAGUUAACGAAGUCUAUCAGAACAUGGUACGUUUCCUUGUUAUAAACCAUGGAAAUCUCGCGGCACUGUCUCAUGCCGGUGGGAUCCAAGGAGUGAAAACGCUGGAUCAGCUUCCAUCGUGGGUACCGGAUUGGAGCCAGGGAAAAGAAUCCGUUGAGUUGAUCGAUGGUAGCCAAGACGAUACUCCUUAUAACGCGGACGGCGGCGAGAAUUUAGUAAUAGGGGACUCGAUAGACCCUAGAUGCUUUUCCGUGAAGGGUAUCAGGAUUCCCACUAGGGUGAUACGAGCUUAUGGAGAUAGACUUAUAAGUUACGGAUUUCGGCAUACAACGUACAAGGAAGAACGCGAUUUCGUCAAGUCGGCGUGGAGUCUUAUCGCACAUUUGGCCAACAAGGGAAAUAGCAUAAGAGGUGAACGGUUAGAAAUGUACCAGCCAGAAAACAUUCCACGCACCUUUGUCUCUACCCUUACCGCAGGUCUUACCAACAUCAGAAAGCCAGUAGAUGAGGAUCCCGGAUUCCUUGACGAUGCGGCGAACUGGAUGUCCAAGCAGUUUGGCGGUCGAAUACCAGUUUCGGGAAUCAGUAAAAAACCAAAAUGGCAGACCGCUCUUUGGAACUCGUCAAAUUCUGGUCGAUUUCAUGAAACCUUCACGCGAGUUUGUUUGCAUAGGCGAUUCUUUAUAACGACAGAAAAUUUGAUGGGAAUAGGGCCCGAGACGAUGGAAAAAGACGAUAUUAUAGUCAUCUUAUUCGGUGGUAAAGUCCCUUAUGUAGUGCGUGAGCUGGGUGAGAACGAAUAUUCGUUCAUUGGGGAAUGUUACGUACCGGGAUUGAUGUUCGGAGAAGCAGUGAAGCAAUGGAGGGAGAGUGGACGCAAGGCGAAUUUCUUCAAUCUUGUGUAAGAAAUACCGAGACCCAGUUUGUCGGUAUUGUGAUAUCCCCCGCUCUUCGUAUUCGUUCAAGCGUGCUAUUCGGAACACCAUGGAUUGGC